AAGAGUCUGGAAACAACCUCGGAACAGGAUGGACACAAGUACACGGAGCCAGGAAAGGGAGACUAAAUAAGUCUAUCGAGAAGAUCAUGAACCUGAUUGGAGCAGGCAUAGAAACGUCCAAAAGCAAACAGCCCACACGGAGCUCAGAGAUCCUCGCUCCAGAGUCAAGAGGCUCACCUGCCGUUUAAUGGAUCUGAUCCUCUGGAUUUACUGCUCUGAGAAAUGAGAGGCACGUUUCCUGCUGGAGCCUGCGGAAGAGUGUGAAUGCUGGGCAGCACAGGGAGCACCAAGGACACCAAGCCUUUUGCCACUGGCACGCAGCUUUCCCGGAGCUUUAUCAAGGAAUCUAUACUUGCAUUUGACCAUGAAUUGAGGAGUUUGGAAUCAGCACACUGUGGAAAUCCCAAAGCCAACGUUUCUCUCUGUCUCGAUUGCAGGAUUUACAAUAUGUCUACCUGACUGUAGUGACUAUGGAGUAAACAUGAUUUAAACAAAUGCUUUCCCUUGAUGAUAAAUAACACGAGUACCUCAACAGUACUUUAUAGAAUGCUGCUACCUUCAUUGUAUGAGCCGUGUCCUAGCUCUCAAAGAGGUUGACCAAUGAAGCCAUGGGACUCAGCCAGAGCUUUACAAAUGGGGCCUGCGGUAGAGCCCUGGACCAGCCGGUGGGAGAGUGGCUGGAGCACGUGGGGCUGCCGCAGUACGAGAGCAAGUUCCUGCUCAAUGGCUUUGACGACCUGCGAUUCAUGGGAGGUAACGUGAUGGAGGACCAGGACCUCAGAGACAUUGGGAUCACCGACCCAGGACACAGAAAGAAAAUCCUCCACGCGGCGCGCAACUUGCCCAAGGUAAAAGCUCUGGGCUGUGAUGGCAGCACGUCUCUCGCCUCUUGGCUGGACGGCCUUGGCCUGCAUGAAUAUCUGCCCAACUUCCUUUCAAGCGGCUACCGCACGCUGGAGUGUGUGAAGAACCUGUGGGAGCUGGAGAUCGUCAAUGUGAUUAAAAUCGGUGCCCUGGGCCACAGGAAGAGGAUCAUCGCCUCUCUGGCAGAGAGACCCUAUGAAGAAGCUCCCAGCAAGUCCCGUCGUCUGUCCCCUAUUAUGUUUCAUGACCUCCUGUCCCAGACCACAUCCCCCCUCAGUCAAAUGGACCCCUACACCAGUCGCUCCAUGGACAUGCUCCUGCCGCUGACCGAGUCGGACCGCAGGCGGAGAGGAGUGGACCAGGACUGUAGUGUGUCUCUGCGGUCUUACAGCGAGAGGCCGCGCUCUGUAGACAGACAGAGCGAGCGGCACAAAGACUCUCGUCUAAACCUCCGGCCGCCGAGUCAGUCUGCUACCUACGCCACGGUGUCCGCCUGGCAUCACCAGCCCGAGAAACUCAUCAUGGAGUCCUGCGGGUACGAGGCCACCUACCUAGGAUCGAUGAUCAUCAGGGAUCUACGAGGGAUCGAGUCCACACAAGAUGCCUGCGCCAAAAUUAGGAAAUCUAAAGACUCUAGAAAGGGUCCAGUUGUCAUCCUGUCCAUCACCUACAGGGGGGUCAAGUUCAUCGAUGCAGCCACGAAGUCCAUCGUCGCAGAGCACGAGAUCAGGAACAUCUCCUGCGCUGCCCAGGACCCUGAUGACCUCUGCACUUUUGCUUACAUCACCAAGGAUCUGAAGAGCGGCCACCACUUCUGUCAUGUCUUCAGCACUGUGGAAGUGACUCAGACCUACGAGAUCAUCCUAACGCUGGGACAGGCUUUCGAGGUGGCCUAUCAGAUGGCGAUCCAGUCCAGGGCGAGACAGUACGUCCCCCCUUCAACUCUGGUCUCAGAGGUCAUAGAGACCAAAACCACCCGUCCUGCGUCCCAGUCGUGGAGCAGCAUGCGGAGAUCAGCACUCGCCCCAGCGUUCAAGUUUCCGGAUACCAAGCUGUGAGUUGAAGGGGAGCGGCCGCUGUGAGCGUUUGCGUGUAUUGAGUUUAGUGGGCAGAGCAGUGGAAAGAAAAGAGAGAGAGGUAAAGAGAGAGAGGAAUUGAGAGGUAAGCCUUACAUGCAGGGCCGACCAGCGCUGCUCUGACAUUUAGAUCCCACUCUGUAUAUCCCCUGCUCCUGCACUGACCCCCACCCACACCACCGCCGCCACGCGAUAUGAAUCCCAACACGACACGGACGAGACGCAACCUGUUGUCCCACAGCACCGGGCGAGCGGGACCAGGUGUUUCACUCCCGUCUCCAGGAAAGGUCAGCCGGAAAGGUCAAGACUAAUUCCUGGCCUCCCUGUGACUCUGAUCUCAUCAUGUAGGUACUGUAAUGUUUUAGAGCACUGUAGACCAUUAAUGAUAUAGACCAUUAAUGAGCAUUUCUAUUGAUUCAGGUCUAUGGGAGAUAGUCACAGCAGAGGGUGAAGAGAACUGUAACAAAAAUGUAGAGACAAGAAAAAAAUAAAACUGUACCAGCAUACGAUGCUUUGCCCAUGUUUGUGGACAGAGUGUGGUUCAAUGGAAAUGUGAUACUGUCUCAAAUUUCAAAGCAAUAUUAUAUUAAUGAAAUUAAAUAAGACAAUGACAAAAAGAAUCCCUCUCACGUCUGUUGUCGGCAUGACUUUUUGUUUUUAUGGUUGAGUAAUAAAAAACAGAAAAGAUAACGUGACACCAGCCAUUUAACAAUAAACAGAUAAUUAUUAUAUAUUUAAAUAUCAGAGCAACAAAUCUGAUUCUGUAACGUAGAU